AUGUCCACCACACACAUGAACAGGAUGAGUAGGAUCAUCUUCUACGAGGACAGGAACUUCCAGGGCCGCUCCUAUGAGUGCAGCAGCGACUGUGACGACAUGUCCUCCUACCUGAACAGGUGUCACUCCUGCAGGGUGGAGAGAGGCUGCUUCAUGGUGUACGACCGCACCAACUUCAUGGGCAACCAGUACUUCCUGAGGAGGGGCGAGUACGCGGACUACAUGAGCAUGAUGGGGAUGAACGACUGCAUCAAGUCCUGCCGCAUGAUCCCCAUGUACCGUGGCUCAUACAGAAUGAGGAUCUAUGAGAGGGAGAACUUUGGAGGCCAGAUGUCCGAGCUGAUGGACGACUGUGACAAUGUCAUGGAUCGUUACCGCAUGUCCAACUGCAUGUCUUGCCACGUGAUGGACGGACACUGGCUGAUGUAUGAGCAGCCCCACUACAGAGGCAGGAUGAUGUACAUGAGGCCUGGAGAGUACAGGAGCUUCAUGAACAUGGGCAUGGGCAACAUGAAGUUCAUGAGCAUGAAGCGCAUUGUGGAUUCCUGCUACUAG